ACGCGAGCUGCUACGUCCAGCGCUACGCGGACCUGCGCGCGGUGUUCUGCGACUCCGCGCGCGACUGCGACCUGGAACGCGCCAAGGCCCACUGGGUCGAGCACGGCGAGGGCGAGGGGCGCGUCUACGGCUGCGAGCCCGGGAAGCUCGUCGGCGGCUGGUGCGCCGCGCACGCGUACCAGCGCGGCGCCAAGGCCCCGCGCCGCAGCCACCACAAGGCGAGCGCCUGGCCGCUGCCCGGCGGCGCGACGAUCACGGUCGACACGCUCUUCUCGCGCGUCGACGAGUCGCUCCUCGCCGCCGACGACGUGCUCUACCGCGUCGACGAGCGGGGGGAGACGCACGUCGAGGUCCUCGCCGUGCGCGAGCGCGACCGCCGGGGCCUCGCGGCGUCCAACGAGUGGCUCUCGCUGCUGAAGAAGGACUACUACGACGACAUUGCGAAGCGGCGCCAGUUCCGGCCCUACUUCGCCGCCGCCGCGGAGCUCUACGCGUCCCUGGCGGCGGCGGACGCGGCCGCGGCGACGCCCGUCGAUUCCGCCGUCGUGCCCCUCGUCACGUCCUUCUCGACGGGGACCGUGCACGGCUUCACGGGCUUCUGGCUCAUCCUGAUGGACCUCGUCGACCGGCGGGCGGCGGGCGAGACGAUCCUCAUCGUGCCGUGCGAGUGGCACAGCUACUGGGACGCGCCGCCGGUGGUGGCGCUGCGGCUCUCCGCCUUCGUCCACCGCCACUUCGUCGACCGCGGCGCGCCGGUACCGGGGAACCGCACGGUCGCGAUCCUGAAGACGGCGGCCGGGAGCACGUCGCAGGGCGUCCUGUGCCCGGACCGCGUCGCCGCGAUCCUCCGAAAACACCGCGCCGAGCUCCUCGACCCGGCGGCGCUCGGCGAGAUCGCCCUCAUCAACGCGCUCGCCGCCGCGACGACGCUCGUCGUGUCCUGGGGCACGACGUCCAUGAAGAACUACGUCUAC